AUGUCCUCUGUCAUCUCUAAAAGCAAGGGAGAUCGGAACGCUUGCGUCAUCUCCCGCCGCCAACAAGUGCUCGUCCGGUCCUUCUCGAGCCAGUGCGACACGGAGUCUACCGGCUACAUCUCUUCUUCAUCUUUCGAGUCAUCCGGGGAAGAGAAGCGUUUGAUUCCGAAUGAUGACAAAGCGUUCCGAGUGUGGAACCAGUGGAGCCGUGAGCUUGACGCCAACUCAGGGCCAAAGAGUUCCACCCCAAAGCAGGGCAGUGAGGGGAUCACUAUGAGAAGGCGGGUUAACAUCUCAACAGAUGCCGGAAAAUCCAUGCUAGCAAUAAAGAAAGUCUUCAACUCCGACUCUAAAAGGAGUAAUUCUAGUUCUAAUCAAAUCAGUGACGAUUCAUUCUGGGGAAUGGGAUCACUGCGUGUUCAGAAGAGUAGUUCAGAAGGCGAUAUAUACAGGCGAAUAAUCACAUGUGACAAUUCUUUGAAACACAAGCCACUCCCCUUGCACGAAGCUGAGACUGUACUAACUUCUUAUAAACAUGUUUCACAUUCGCAUGGGUGGAGGCGGCGUCCGUUUAUCACCCAGUCUACAUCACAGGAGGACCUGAGGGCCGCCCCAACCGCCAACCGACCCACCUCGGACCGUACGAGCUAUAAUGCCUUGCCGCGGUACCGAGUGACGGUCCCGGCCUCUCAACCAUUUUGCUAUGCAAGUGCUACCGAAAAACGUGCCUCUCAUCUUGGAAAAUCAUGUGCUGACUUUGUGGAUUCGGGGACUUCGGUUGACGACUCAAUGACGGAAUUUCUCUCAAAUGUGAACAAGGAGAACCUUGCGGGCUUUCUGGAAUUCUAUGACCACGUCACCAGCGAACCCGCCAUCUAG